ACUGGUGUCAAGUAGAAACACAAUGUCGAGGGCUGGAAGUGAAAUGGAAAUGAGUGAGGACGAGUUACGUGAAGUGGAAGGUGUAGUGAAGAGCUCGGGAACCGGAGCCUCACAUAAACGGACAUGUUAAAGAAGAGUCUGGUCCAGUAGGAGGGACAUUUUUGGAGAGUAAGAUCCUGGCCUUUUUGGCGGGUCCAUUUGUUUUUUGGCGGGUCCAUUUGUUUUUUGGCGGGUCCAUUUGUAGUUUCAGUGUGGGUGUAAAAUGAGUUGAGUCAGUGAAGGUAAUCUGUAGUGGGCUUGUGAUGUGUUCUUCUUCCGCCUUGGAGGGAGCUGGCGCUUAAUAUCGCGCAAUUCGGUACAAGAUCGGUUGUUUGAUUUGUCCUUAAGAACAGGGCGCCAUUGAAAGGAGUGAUUACCGGGGAAGCUGUAAAUGUGAAGGGGAACCAGUCGAGGGGGGAAAAUCCCCCCCCCCCCCCCACCUCGUCGUUUGUUGCGAUGUAGGCACGGUGGAGUGAAUGGUGAGACAGAACAGUCAGUAGCUCUAUUCGGACGUGAUAAUAUAACCAUGAUAAUAUGAAACAGGUUCAGGGAUAAAAGUGUGUUUGACUAAAUAUCCAAAACAAAGAGGAAGACAUAAUACAAACUGUGGUCCCCAUUCAAAUCACAUUGGACCAAUCAUGACAGGUGAAAACUAGUGAGGUCAUUUCACAGGUCCAAUGGCAGCCGUGGUGAAGUCCGAGCCGCUUGAGAGCGAUAUUUAUCCAGAAAUGGAACACUGUCACUCAUUCUCCUUCAGUUGCCCAACUCAUAAAAUAACCAAAGAGGAAAUCACCUGCACCAAACCUGGAACAAUAUGGAGAGCUCUUGAAACUAAUGACACAUUCAAGGAGUUAAACCAAAUGGACAGGAAGACACCGAAAGGGAAAGACAUUGUCAUCAAGAGUUGUAAGGGGUACAUAGUGAAGCACUUUCCAUGUUGGCUGAUCAAAGAGGAUGACCGUCUCACUAUUGAGAUGGUCACACAUGCCACAGAUGAACCUGCAGGGGUCACGGAUCAGGAAACAGACAAUUAUGUCACUUUCUCUGUUGAGACAACGGGAGGGAAAAACAGUAAAUCAAAACAAAUACUUGGAAACAAACAACUGGAGUCCUACGGACCUCUAUGUGUCUAUGCAAAACAGAAGGACGAAGUGAAGAAGGCUCUACGAAAUGAUGGACGCUUCUCAAACAUUGUGUUUGAACAGAAAUGCCAGCUCUCUGAGCGAUCAUCAGGAAGCAAGGUUUCAAUGGGGCAAAUUGCAAAAAAACUUAAUGGUAGAAACUUUGAAAUGUGUCUGACAAAACAGAAGGAGAAAAUGGCAAUUAAGAUGGAAACAUCUGAAUCCACAAUAAAAACUAAAAACAUUAUAACCACGCAAACAUCUCUGUUCAACCCAAGCCCUGACUCUGAAGGAGACGGCACACAGAUGCCUCCAUCGACGCUAACAACUGAAACAUCAGAUGUAGGGGAGUCCUCUUCGAGAAGAAAGCAGAAACGAAAAUGCAUUCCCGUGCCAAAACAUGGUGAAAUAUUGACGAUCCUUCGCAACCAGUUUGAUGAUCUGGUGAAGCAGAUGGAAAGUAGGAGGGAAUACAGCCAACAGAAGAUAUUUCCUGAAGAGUUGGAUCUCAUGAAGCAGGAAUUCGGGAAAAUCAGACAAAAGUUCUCUGAGGUUCACAGAGUGAAGAAAUUGAUUGAACUUGGUGCCUCCGUUUGUCAGGUGAUUGUUGAAGGUGUUCAGGGUGUUCAGGGGACAGGCUUCGUGCUGUUUGACAACUACAUCCUAACAAAUGCACAUUUGUUUGGUGAAAAUGUAAGAGAAAACUUACAGUUGUUAGUCGAUGUAUCUGUGAAGUUCAACUAUGAAAAUCCAAAUGGAGCCGAUGUGAACGUAUUCAGAGCAAAAACCCUGCUGAUCGACUUUCAAUAUGGACAUCAGGGAAAAUAUUAUAUCGACUAUGCCAUACUGGAGAUGGAUCCUCAGAAUAAGAAGCAACAGAAAAAGGUUCCUCCUGGUCUCCUCCGUGAAUAUGGCCCAGUCCCAGCAUGCGGUGGGGCCUGCCUCAUUGGACACCCAGGUGGACUGGUGAAACAAAUGGAGCCCACCUCCAUCAUUGGCAGUGAGAUAAGAGAGGAGGCGGCGAAUAAAUAUAAACGGGAAAAGGGACAUGCAAUCUUCACAAUAAACGACGCCCUUGAAAAACAGAAAAAGCGCUACGAGGAAGUGAUGCAGGAGAACAAGGACGACUUUGUGACCUACAACACCUCCUUCUUCCAUGGAUCUUCUGGCUCGCCAGUCUUCGAUGAGCUUGGUCGAGUGUUUGGCAUACAUACUGGUGGCUUUGAAUAUGAGGAUAAGCGCACGCAGAGCAAACAGAGUGUGUUAGAGUACGCCCUCCCUCUGCUCACCAUAUUACGGAACUUUGUCAUCCGUUUGGAGGAGGACAACAAUCAGGCAGUUUUGAAAAGAGUUAAGGAAGAGGCACAGAAAAACCUCUUCCUGUUUGAUGCUCUUUUCAAGACUAAUGGUGAUGAGCCUAUGGAUAUGUCGUAGGAGAUUGUUGCAAAUACAGAUAAUUCAAUGCCACCCAGUGGUUGUCCUGGGAACAACACAACAAUGCCACCCAGUGGUUGUCCUGGGAACAACACAACAAUGCCACCCAGUGGUUGUCCUGGGAACAACACAACAAUGCCACCCAGUGGCUGUCCUGGGAACAACACAACAAUGCCACCCAGUGGUUGUCCUGGGAACAACACAACAAUGCCACCCAGUGGUUGUCCUGGGAACAACACAACAAUGCCACCCAGUGGUUGUCUUGGGAACAACACAACAAUGUCUAUUAAGAAUUCAGAGGGAGGCUGCAAAUACUGUAAUAGUCAGUAUUCAUGUUAAACCAUUCCACUAGUGCCUUUCAGGGUAUUGAUAAUAUUACUUGUCCUAGGUCAAAGGUACAUGUUUUAUUUGAUAUAUAUAAACCACUGGUUCCUUAUGAAGUACUCUGCAUUUCUGUGAAGCAUGGUUUCUUUUUAAAAAGAUACUUCGGUCUCAGUGGGCCUUCUCUGCAAAAAUAAACAUUUAAUAGAUUCAGACAUCUACCUAGAUCAGAUUGCAACUAUCUAAAUAUUGUUUUUAUUGUGUUCUACAUUUUGAUUACUUGUCUUUUUCUUUAACUUUGUUGAAUAGAGUAAUGUGGAAUAGAAUCAUGUUGAAUAGUCAUGUUGAAUAGAGUGAAUAGAGUCAUGUUGAAUAGAGUGAAUAGAAUCAUGUUGAAUAGAGUCAUGUUGAAUAGAAUCAUGUUGAAUAGAAUCAUGUUGAAUAGAGUGAAUAGAGUCAUGUUGAAUAGAAUCAUGUUGAAUAGAGUCAUGUUGAAUAGAAUCAUGUUGAAUAGAAUCAUGUUGAAUAGAGUGAAUAGAGUCAUGUUGAAUAGAAUCAUGUUGAAUAGAGUGAAUAGAGUCAUGUUGAAUAGAGUCAUGUUGAAUAGAAUCAUGUUGAAUAGAGUGAAUAGAGUCAUGUUGAAUAGAGUCAUGUUGAAUAGAGUCAUGUUGAAUAGAGUCAUGUUGAAUAGAAUCAUGUUGAAUAGAGUCAUGUUGAAUAGAAUCAUGUUGAAUAGAGUCAUGUUGAAUAGAAUCAUGUUGAAUGUGUUGAAUAGAAUCAUGUUGAACAGAGUCAUGUUGAAUAGAGUGAAUAGAGUCAUGUUGAAUAGAAUCAUGUUGAAUAGAGUCAUGUUUAAUAGAAUCAUGUUGAAUGUGUUGAAUAGAAUAAUGUUGAAUAGAAUCAUGUUGAAUAGAAUCAUGUUGAAUGUGUUGAAUAGAAUCAUGUUGAAUGUGUUGAAUAGAAUCAUGUUGAAUAGAGUCAUGUUGAAUAGAAUCAUGUUGAAUAGAAUCAUGUUGAAUAGAGUCAUGUUGAAUAGAAUCAUGUUGAAUAGAGUCAUGUUGAAUAGAAUCAUGUUGAAUAGAAUCAUGUUGAAUGUGUUGAAUAGGAUCAUGUUGAAUAGAAUCAUGUUGAAUGUGUUGAAUAGAAUCAUGUUGAAUAGAAUCAUGUUGAAUGUGUUGAAUAGAAUCAUGUUGAAUAGAAUCAUGUUGAAUGUGUUGAAUAGAAUCAUGUUGAAUGUGUUGAAUAGAAUCAUGUUGAAUAGAGUGAAUAGUCAUGUUGAAUAGAGUGAAAAGUCAUGUUGAAUAGAUUCAUGUGGAAUAGAGUCAUGUGGAAUAGAAUCAUGUUGAAUAGAGUGAAUAGAAUCAUGUGGAAUAGAGUGAAUAGAAUCAUGUUGAAUAGAGUGAAUAGAAUCAUGUGGAAUAGAGUCAUGUUGAAUAGAGUGAAUAGAAUCAUGUGGAAUAGAGUCAUGUUGAAUAUGUUGAAUAGAGUCAUGUUGAAUAGAAUCAUGUUGAAUAGAGUCAUGUUGAAUAGAGUCAUGUGGAAUAGUCAUGUUGAAGAGUGAAUAGAAUCAUGUGGAAUAGAGUCAUGUUGAAUAUGUUGAAUAGAGUCACUACUCUUGUUCUCUUCUGAGACGGUGACUUCCUUUGUAGCUCAGUUGGUAGAGGAUGGUUCGAUUCCUGGGACCACCCAAACUUACAAAACAAGAUUUUAUGCACGCAUGACUGUAAGUCUCUUUGGAUAAAAGCGUCUGCUAAAUGGUAUAUUAUAUUAUAUUACUUCAUGGAUCCAUCGUUUUGCUUUCUUGGUUUGACAUGUAAAGGUUAAUCAUGAGUACAAUGUGGUCACUGUGAUUACACUGGAAUACUGUAUGCAUCAUUUAGACAUUGUUACAACUCAUGAAAUGACAACAAUCAUGUAUAAAACUAGUGACAGACUGACUAAUCAAUAAAUGUGUUGACAAUUACA